AACACUUUCACUUUCACACUCUUAGUAGGGUUCUAAAUAACAAAAAUGAUAAUAUGUAGAAUAUUCUCCAAUAUGAUUUCCUUCUAAUCUUGUGAGAGAAGCAUGGUUGAUAUGCUUGGCAGGGUUGGGAUCACCUGUGGUUAGACAGCCAGCAUGCAAUGGAUGGAGUCUGAGCCCUUAACUCCUAGUGUUUUUUGGUCUUUAUUGUCAUCACCAUUUUGGUACCAAGUACAGUUUCAUAUAACCAGCAAAAUAUAUAGCCUGAAUGUUGAAGCUCCCCUAACUUUGUCCGUAUCACUUCCAUAAGAACUCUAGAGCUCUCCAGGUCCCAGAGACUCAGCACCACAGCACACAGCCUCCUGUGUCUUACCAAACAUGGGCUAGUUAUUUCCUAUACGUCAAGCACAUUCCCUGCCCUUUUGAUCAGGCUCAGGAGGUUAAAGGAAACAUUUCUGCUUUUAAUGUUUAGUUACUGCCAGUCUCUGCAUCUCAUUCUUUUAAGUCUUUGAGUUUCCAUUGAUGUUUUGGCCUAAAUCCAGAGUCAUAUGGUGUUCCUAUUAGUAAACUGAAAGCUGAGUCUGCCAAACAUGUUUAUUUCUCCUUCAGAGCAAAUGUGGGUAGGAUGAAAACCACUCCAUGUUAUACUUACAUGUUACUCAUUAACUGGCUUCAAAAAAAAAAAAAAAGAAAAAAUCACCUCAGCUAGAUUAGGAGUCAUGUGAAGAAAGAGCUUCCUGCAAUGCAGAAACCGAACAAGGCUGAAUUUUCACAUUAUUGGGGAGCUUGAAAAAUGAGCCCUUGAGUUUACUUCUUGAGUUGGCGACUGACAAGUGUACAAUGGUGAAGAAAAGGCUCUCACCAAGCAAUGACACGAUGUUCUGGUCUGAGACUCCAGGCAGCCCAGGCAAGUCGGGUUCAGAGGCCCACAGCAGCGUUCCUGACAGCCCCGGCGCGGUGUUUCUCAGCUCAGAGGCUGAGAAUGGUGUGGAGGAGAAGAAGAAGGUAUGCAGGUCGCCAGCAGCACUGUCUCCCACCCCGUCCAGCGAGGCCGAGUCCCAGGACCAGAAGAGAACCAUUUCCAUGCGGUCAAAAUCCAGUUUCGAUGGUGCCCCUUUAGCAAAUGAGAAAAGCGACUGUAAAACAGAAAGCAAGAAUGACUCUAAGAUUGAAAGGAAAAAGUCCUCAUCUUCAAGCCAGGACAAAGCAAACAUGCACUUCCACAAACUCUUUCUAGAUGUCCCCACGGAGGAACCCCUGAGACAAAGUUUUACGUGUGCUCUACAGAAAGAAAUAUUAUACCAAGGGAAGCUCUUUGUAUCGGAAAACUGGAUUUGUUUUCAUUCCAAGGUCUUUGGAAAAGACACUAAGAUCUCGAUUCCAGCUUUCUCAGUAACCUUGAUAAAGAAAACCAAAACUGCCCUCCUGGUGCCAAAUGCCCUGAUUAUAGCGACAGUCACAGACAGGUACAUAUUUGUCUCCUUACUCUCCAGAGAUUCAACUUACAAACUACUGAAAUCUGUGUGUGGACAUUUAGAAAAUACAGGUAUUGGCAAUGGUCCCAGUCCAUCUUCUCUUGAAAACAGUUUCCGGGCAGACCGCCCUUCAUCUCUGCCUCUGGAUUUCAAUGAUGAAUUCUCAGAUCUGGAUGGAGUGGUACAACAAAGAAGGCAAGACAUGGAAGGAUACAGUAGUUCUGGAUCUCAGACCCCUGAAUCUGAGAACUCUCGAGAUUUCCAUGUGACAGAAUCCCAGACAGUUCUGAAUGUCUCCAAGGGAGAAACAAAACCAACUCGGGCAGAUCCCCUUGUGAACAGAGUACCUGAGGGAAAAGCCAAGAGUCUCCCUGGGCAUGCAGGUCAGUCAGAAACCACUGGACUCAUACCCAGAGUAAAGUCUGAGAAGUGGCCAACUCUCCACCAUAUUCUUAUAUUCUAUGCAGUUGUUGUCUGUGCACUGAUCAUCUCGACCUUCUACAUGAGAUACAGAAUUAAUACUCUGGAGGAGCAGCUGGGGUCACUAACCUCCACUGUGGACACCCAUCAGACUGAGUAAGACAGUCCCUCCAGUGCUGUCUUCUGCUUGCUUUUCACAUUAGUGUAAUGUUUGACCUGAGCAUGGCAUCCUUCUGGCAAGCAUUAAUUGAGGAUACAUUCUGUAUGAGACAUUUUGCUAAGUAUGCCUAUAGAAAAUAAAGAGGUAGGUGGGCCCUGGAGAGAAAAAUGAAUGACCUGAUGCUGCAUGUUUUCGAGUUGCUAUACUGUUGGCAGUGAGAAGGCAAGACACAAGCCUAAUUUUACAUUAUCUUGUUCUCUCAUCCUAAGCUCCGUUGUGACCUUAGCCCAUUUAUUAAAAUAUUCAAGUUUAUCUUCGUAAAAUGGCAGUGAGUCAAGUGAUUCAUAAAAAAAGAAGCAAUUCAAGAAACAGCACAUUUCAUCAUUUAUAGCUCUUUAUAGGAACUCACUUAUUUACAAAACUCUUGACCACUAUAAGAUCUAUGUGACCAGUAAUUAGCUGAAUGUGUCUGUAAAGAUUUUCUACCACAGUAUUUUUAAUAGGCCCCAACUAAUUAAAUCUGUUGACACAGGGGUCUUUCCUAUAAACCCAUUUACGUGAGGAUUUUGACACAUUCCCUAAAAAGUAAAAUAAAGCAUACUGCUAGCUGUAGUUUUAAAAGUAGAGAUAUUUCUUUAUAGCAUAUGUACCAUGUGCUAGAGACACUGUUGUAAUUCAUAGUUUCACACACCAACAAUGUUCUCUCAUUAUGUCUUCACCAUAACCCUGUAAGAUAGGUGUUAUUCCCUCCUUUACAGAUGAGAAAACUGAGACUGAGAGAAAUAGUUUGAAAAAAAAAAAAAACAAACAGAAUCAGGAUUCAGGUCUUUAUGACCAUAGAAACUUAGUGUACCAGUGGUUCCUUGCAUGUAAGGAAUAGCCGAGAAGUGAGUCAGUGUAUUUUCAUUGUGUAUCAGAAUCAUCUGGACAGCUUAUCAACAUAGACUGCAGGGCGCAUUCUCCAAGCUUCUGGUGCUGGUCUGGGGUCUACACUUUAAGAACUAUUAUGCUAUACCAUUCUGGGGCCUUUCUUGACAGUUACCUAAAAGUUUUGUUCUAUGGCUUAUGUGUAUGCUGUUACACAGAUUAUUUUUUUACCAUGAACAUAUUUGAACCAAUAAUAAGAAGUCUAAUGAAUGGUUUGGGAUAGAUUUAUACCCUGCCCUUACUCUCUCCCAUGUUGUUCAGAAUGUUAAUAAUACACCUAGAGCUAGGAGGUGAGUCUACAUUACUGUAAACUAUUAAUAUUAGUUCACUAUCAUAUAAGUGAUAUAAGUGAUUUUAUUAGGGAAAUGUACCUCCUGUCCUGUUAUCAUUUAAUUAACUUGGUGACAAUGAGAGGGAAAUUCUAUUAAUGAAAGUCAAAUGGAAUAUUUACUCUACUAUUUAGGUAGUCAACCCAAGAGGAGGUAACAAUCUGAAAAACAAUCAUUUAAAAGGAAAAUCACAGAGGUCACAUAUGACAUGAGGUCAGGGAACAUCUAUGAUGGGAAAGUCUGUUAAUAGAGUAAUCUAACAGAACCUGAAUUUCCUCUUAUCUUACUUCAUCCAGGGUCAUCCAUCCAUGCUGCCCAGGUAGCUAAAUCCACACUUGUAAUCUGCUUUCGUUGGUACAGAACCAUUUUUUUAAUAUAUACAUUGUGCUAGCUUUGUUAGUGGGUCCACAUCCUGUGGACUGUCAGAAUUUCACGUGGAUAAAUCAGUACCUUGAGUCUCAGAUCCCUCGUUUAGAAGCUGAAAGAUUUCACCAGGUACGUCCUUGGUGGUCCAGUGGCUAACAUUCCACACUCCCAAUGCAGGGGACUGGAUUCGGCCCCUAGUCAAGGAACUA